AAUCUUAUCUGCUUCUCAACUGCUGAGAGAUUUCCUCAACUACCUCGAGGAAAUCUUAUCUACUUAUCACUUACAUCUUACUAUGUAAUAACAAUCGGCACUUGAAUAAUACCAUCACGAAACCUACUGUUCUUCCAACCGGAGUGUUCCUCGAACGCUUCGUGUCGUCCUGCUAACCAACGUAACCCCACUGUGUUGCCUGACGAGAGCCAGAGCGUUUCAGAACAGCGCAUCCAUCGACCAACGGUGGCACAGGCCGCCACCGUGACCCACCGGUCCACCAGAGAUGGCGUCCUUACUCUUGACACUUUCCCUUUAGCUCGGCUUGCAGUCAUGGCUCCGCUGACUCUCCGUCCGUGAUCCGACCACGGUAACUGCAAGCCAUGGACAGGAUUACUAGAUUGAUCCCACAUGCAUGUGUAUUAUUACACCUUUUUUUCUCCUUUCCCGGAGACACCGGUCCCCGUUUCCAUCCCUAUCAUCAAAAGACGACAACCGUGACGAAGGGCGAGAACGGGUUAAUCGAAGCCUGUAAGUUUCCCCCUCGCCCUCAUUGAUGGCUGCUUCUUCUCACCACCUCAAACCCCACACGCAGCAACAACUACAUCCACAAUCACACCAACAGCCUAACCGCUGGUCGAACACCAAGACCAAGCGCCGGGACACCGUCGCUUUCGUCGACCCUCACGUCGUCUCCUCCGACGGGCCUUGGUGCUGCACCACAUCCUUCUCCUCCGUCGCUGCCUCCCCGCCUCACCCCCUCCGCGUUCCGGCGGUGUUCCCGCAGAACCAGGCCGAGCCCGUGCCUAUCGCCUCGCCCUCGCCCUCGCCCUGUCCCAUGGACGCCCCUCCCUCCACUGUUUCCGCCGUCGCCUUCGCGGCAUCGGUCGCCUCCCCCUACCCCCCGUACCCCUCCAGCUACAGCAAGUUUAACUCCGCCCUCAACGCGGGGCUCCUCAAUCCCAUGUCCCCCCCGCCGCCGCCUCUCGACAAGACUCGCUCCAGCCCGACCCUCUUCGAUAUGAUGGCCAACGAGCAGGACUACCACCCCCUCCCCGCCGCCCACGCCGGCCCCCUUCAGAUGCAUCUCCCAGGCCGCGCCGCCGAUGCACCCACGGCCGCCUCCGCCCAGGACCGCCAGCUCCUCCUCCAAGAGCGCGUGGCCGAUAUCAUUGGCAGCUGUAGCCCCGGGAACCAACUAAAUGACGCCGAGUCCGGCGACGUCCGCCUCACCCUCAGUUCCAACGACGGUCUCACCGUCUCCCUCAACGUCCACCGCCACAUCCUCGUCGCUCACAGCCGCUUCUUCGCUGCCAAGCUCUCGGACCGCUGGUCCAAGCAGCAGCGCUCCCUCCCCCACAUUGUGGAGAUCUCCGACUGCGACGACGUCGAGAUCUACGUCGAGACCCUCCGCCUCAUGUACUGCAAGGACCUCCGCCGGCGCCUUAUGAGGGAGGAUGUGUCCAACGUCCUCGGCAUCCUAAAGGUUUCGGCUGCGAUCUCGUUCGAUGCAGGGGUUUUAUCUUGCCUUGAGUACUUGGAAGCCGCCCCCUGGGCAGAGGACGAGGAAGAGAAGGUGGCCUUGCUUCUGUCACAGCUCCAACUUGAGAGCUCAGGCGCAGAGGAGGUGCUCAAGCGGGUGUCCCUCGAAGUGGCUCCAUCCGCGGCCGACGAGGUGGACGGUGGAAAUGGCGGUGAGGAGAUCCUCAUCCGGCUACUCCAAGUGGUAUUAGAAGGGAAGGACGAGAAAGCGAGACGGGAGAUGAAGGGCCUGGUCUCCAAGAUGCUCCGCGAAAACAACACCGCCACCCAGUGCGGCGGACUGGGCGGCGGCGCGGGUGCCAAUGGAGGUGGGGACCUCAGCAAGGAAUCCCUCUACUCCGCCUGCGACGGCUGCCUCUGCUCCCUUCGUCACCAUUUCGCCCGCGCCGCCGCCUCGGAUCUCACCGAGGUUGCUCAGAUCGCGCGGCAGUCCGACAACCUCCACUGGAUCCUGGACAUUCUUAUCGACCGACAGAUUGCCGACGACUUCCUGCGGACGUGGGCGUGCCAAGCGGAGCUCUCGGAGAUGCACUCACGGGUGCCGGCCAUCCACCGGUACGAAGUGAGCCGGGUGACGGCCCGGCUGUUCGUCGGGGUGGGCAAGGGCCAUAUUCUGGUGUCCAAGGAGUCGCGGAGCUUGCUGCUGCGGACCUGGCUGGAGCCCUUCUACGAGGACUUCGGGUGGAUGCGAAGGGCCUGCAAGGGCCUCGACCGCCACCUCAUCGAGGACGGCCUCGCCAACACCAUCCUUACGCUGCCGCUGGCGACGCAGCAGGAGAUCCUUCUCGCCUGGUUCGACCGGUUCCUGAACGCCGGCGACGACUGCCCGAACAUUCAGAGGGGAUUUGAGGUGUGGUGGCGCAGGGCCUUCUGGCGAAGGAACGGCGAAGCGGACCAGCUGCCGCCGCAGCUCAGGAUCACGGCGGCUGCCGCCUGCGAGAAUUCUUGCUGAUCAAUCACGCUUUAGCACAAGAAUGGUUUUCAAGUGUGCUUCCAAUUCACCUGAUACAGAGAGCGUACUGUCGUCAACCUGCCGUGGCAGUGCAUUUGGAUGACCUCGUCUGGAAUCGAUUCUCAGAUGUUGUUGGAUUGAUGUACUCUUGCCACCGGAAUCGCCGUUGAUAUCGAUAUGGAGCACAGUCACUGAUGAGGUCAUCCCGUGUCACCUGGGUGAAUCCAGCGCUGUAGCAGCUUGAGGAAGUCUACCUGUGAGAAAGAAGUAUGUCAAAAUAUCUUUCUUAGAUCGAUCUAUAUAAACAUCAAAGAUCUAAUAAUUCUUCCA